GUUGUAUACUCAUUUUUAACAAGAAAAAACUAUUUGAGUUUUAUUUCUUUUGAUAACUCUCGUCUUUCGACAUUUGUAUCGAUCUACUAGCAGCACUUCUAUAUAACGUAUAAUCUACAUCAUGUCGUCCAAAGUUCAGAAAAUUAUGGUUCAACCCAUUAAUCUGAUCUUCAGAUACCUUCAAAACAAAUCCAGAGUUCAAAUUUGGUUAUUUGACAAGACAGAUUUAAGAAUUGAAGGUCAAAUUAUUGGUUUCGAUGAAUUCAUGAACUUGGUUCUUGACGACAGCGAAGAAGUCGAUGUUAAAAAUAACACCAGAGUCAAAGUUGGCCGACUUUUAUUGAAAGGAGACAAUAUCACUCUGAUACAAGGUGUGGAAAACUAGAUAUAGCACUGAUCACAAACCAAACAAACAAACAAAACGAAAAAAAAGAAACGAAAGCCCUUUCGUGCUUCUUUCGUCCAUGACCCAUAAAUUAGCACAAUUCGUAUAUACUAUUUUUUUGAACUUGGCAGCAAGUUAGCAGAAAGUUAAUUUAUAUAUACACACAAAGAACUUGCCGAAUUAAACUGUGAAAAAAAUGUGAAUGAAUAGUAUGAACGAGCACGAUGACGCGAACGUGUUUGAUAUGAAAAGCUCGAAAUGAGAGAGAUUAUAACUACUCAAGA